AGAUUCCAUUCUCUCUUUGUUUUUUUGGUGGUGGUGACUUCGAUGAUGGUUUCUUGAACUUUGAAAAACUGCAACAUAGGAAGGAAGAAAUCGACACAUUGUGCUGCGGACCCCACUGUCUAGCUAUCCUCAACUGUCAUGUACCCAACAACAUUGUAAAGCUCUCCUCCACUUUCACUUUCCUUCUCAACUUUCCUUCACCAUCAACUCUCUCUCUCUCCACUUUUUCUCACUAUUCAAUGGUUGCCCAUUUCAUAAUUAUGCCUUGAAAAUCAUGGGUCGGUCCUAGAUUACCAUUUUCUUCUUCUUUUUGCUGUCAUAGAGAUACCCAGUUGAGAAAGUUUUGAUUUUUUCUUCUGGGGUGGGUGAAAUUUUCUGCAACAUUCUUCAGAACAGAAAGAAUGUGGUGUUUCAUUCUUUUGAGUGUCUGAGAGGUAGAGAGAAUCUCAAAUUUUUAAUUUUUCAUGGUUCAUGUGAUUCAUAUUUGGUUAAAGAGUGUAACUUCAGAGAGAAUUAUGUGUGAGAGUUUUUGGUUAGUGGUGGAGAAGAAUUUAGUGGGGACUCUUCAUGUGCUGUGUUGUUUCAGUGGAUGAACUGUUGAAGGAGAUGAAUGCUUCAUUUUUGCAGAAUUGCACUCAUGGAUUUGGUUGUCUGUUCCAGAAGUAAUGGAGUUCUGCUUGAAUUGGUGAUUUUGGAAUUUGGAUUUGAGUGAUUUGACUGUUUUGGGAUAGGAAUUUUGGUUUAAUUAUAAUGAAGCUUUUUUGUCACGUUUGAUCAUUGACUAUUUUUUCUUAUGCCGGAAGAAAGGGGAAUCAAAUGAGCUGUGAUUCUGUGACUUGUUGUCAAUCAUAAAUCGACCUUUUCCUUUUAGAGAAGCGCAGAUAACUGGUAAUUUCAGCUUUUUCUCUGUGGAGCUUCAUGAUUCAGAUAGUUAAGCCCUGUAGAAACAGCAAGGCAUUGAUACCUUCUCCUCCAAAGGAAGCUAGAAUUUGCAACUUGGGGGAGUGAAAUUGGUAUUCCUAGAUGCUUCAUCAGUGGACUAAUCAAUCUGCAUCUUUGCCUUUAAUUCAUUCACCAAGUUGAGUGGAAAAGGCUCAGAAUAGGAGAUUCUCAAUUCAGGUUUUGCAAUCUUACCACUGAAAUGUUUUAGAGGGCUAUAGGAAAAAUAACGCCAAGGCUAUAUUUCCAUCCUUAGGGAAAGGAAAAGAGGAAAGAUAGAACGGAACCGUGUCCAAUCACCAUGGCAAAGAAGUCCCAAAGACGCCAAAUCCGGUAUGAGAAAGAUAAAGCAGGCUGUAUGUGGGGUUUUAUUAGUAUGUUUGAUUUUCGCCACGGUCACCCCACUCGGAAGCUGAUUGCAGACAAGAGAAGAAGCAGCAAGCAUGCUGUUGGUGUUGUACAUUCUAAGAACAAGUUUGAGAUGUUGAGCAAUAUGGAUGAAGAUGGUCAAGGCUGUUCUGACAGUGGACAGAGUAAAAGACCGACAGUGAGAGCUGCUUCUACCAAGCCAAGUGUGAAGAAACUCAUUGAAGAAGAGAUGUUCAUUGACCAAAAUGCAAUGAAGGAAAAAGAUAAGGCUCAAGUAGAAUCAAAGGAGUCCAGGUUAAGGCGUGAAGUCUUCCUCAAGUUAGAUUCCAAAAGAAAUAAGAAAUCUUUUGAGAAAGACCGUGAUAUCACCAGAGAUUCAAAUUUGGAUGAAACCUUGAAAUCUCAAAUCUCAAAUCGUCAGCAUUCAAGGAAGCAAUCUAAAGAUAAUCUUGAUCUGGAAAAGAUAAUUGAAGAGUUCUGUCAUCUAGAAGGUGUUUGCUCCAUGGUGCAUGGCAACAAUAGAGGAGUAGAAGUUCAUUCGGAAUCAAACCACAUGCAUGAUAUUUCUGAAAACAAUGCUAGAGCUGCAAUUAUUGAACUUGUGAAUCAGAUGAUAAAUAACGGCAAAGAUGUGGCAGAAGCUAGAAAAUUCCUUUGCUCCCAUGAACUAAUGGAAGCACUUCAGCUCAUAAGUUCAGAUAAGGAAUUGUUAAAUACACUUAUAUUGAAAUGUAUUCAAGAGUUUGGGAAUUCUCAGGGGGAAAAUGACAAAGAAUGUAGUUGUCUUGCUGGUUCCAACUUUUCUGAACAAGAUCAUGGAAAUCUGGAGCAAACUAGGGACAUCGUCAACCAUAAGAAGCAUAAUUUUUUCAGGAAAAAAGUAAAGUCUCAAUCAAAAAGUUCAACAAAUGAAAAUGGGAAUACUGACUUUCCAAAUAGAAUUGUUGUUCUGAAGCCUGGAAACCACCUUUCCUCAUCCCUGGAUUCUCAUGAUACUGUCGAAUAUGACGGUCCUUCGGUGAAAGGUAGUUCACAUUUUUCUCUUUCUGAGAUAAAAAAGAAAUUAAAGCAUGCUAUGGGAAAGGAAAGACAUGGAAACCUUGAAGGGGUCUCAAACAAGGGGCUUAGGACCAAAUCCAUGGCUAAAAACAGUGUUGGAAUGAGAUCUCCUAAUAAAGAUCAUUUCUUCAUUGAAAAAAUUUCUAGACCUACGACCGGUGUUAUGAAAGGAGACAAGACUGUUGCAAAUAAAGAUUCUGAACUGAUUGUAGAAAAUGAAAAGGGUUUUUACCCUAAACAAGGGGCUUCUAACUUAUACAUAGAGGCUAAGAAACAUCUGUAUGAGAUGGUAGGUAAUGGAGAUAAGAGCAUAGACUUGUCAAGUAGGCAGAGUUCCAAAAGCCUUGGGAGAAUACUAUCUCUUCCUGAGUAUAACUUUUCUCCCUUUGGCAGUCCUGGAAGGGAUUGGGAGCAACAUUUUGUGACUGCACAGACAAGAUUUUCUACUUCAGAUAAAAUUAGGGAGGUGAGUAAGGAUAAUUUGUCUCCCGAGCAAGCAACCUUUGGUGGUGGUAUGGAUCAAGAAACAGGCAAUGCAGAGAAUCUGGCAAGUAUUUGUGAUGAAAGCUCUAGUAAUAAAGUACAAGAAAUUAAGUCAGAGUCGAAUUUCUCAGAUGAGCUUAGUCAUGUUGAUAAAGAGGAGAAUUAUUGUCAUGUUAGAGAUGAGAUUGUUGCUGAAGAAUCUGUAAAAGAGAUAAACGUUUUGGAAUCUUCCUCAGAACCAGUUGGAAACAGUGCACUAAAGGAGGAGCAAAACUAUGAUGAGUCAGAAGUUCCCGAUAGUGCAAGAUGUUCUAAAUGUUUGAAGCAGGAUGUAACAGAAGAAAACCAACCAUUGUCUCCACAGUCAUCCCCAUCCCACUCUUCCAUCACAAAGAAAAUUAAAGAGCUAGAAUGUGUUGCGGACGUAUCUGGACGGCCCAGUCCUGUUUCUGUUCUUGAUACCCCAUUCUUAGAGGAUGAUGUCAAACCUGGGUGCUCCAGAUUUCAAACUGUUGAAGUACCAGUACCGCCACUACAUAUCCAAUUUGAAGAACAAGAUUCUUCACCUGUGAAUCAAACAGAUAGAGCAAAAUAUUGUUUUGAAGAAAAUGAGUUGAUAUAUGACUACAUUAAAGCCGUCAUGCAAGCCUCUGGAUUGACUAGAGACCAGUUGUUGAUGAAAUGUCUUUCCUCAGAUAAGAUACUAGAUCCUUCAUUGUUUGAUCAGGUAGAGUCUUUACCAAACCAAGUUUGCCGUGAUCCGAAGCUCCUAUAUGACUGUAUCAACGACAUUCUCACGGAGGUUUGUUGCCAUUACUUCGGGGCCUCACCUUGCGUAUCAUUUGUCAGUCCUGGCAUAAGACCAACUCCAAAUAUGAAAAGAGUCAAUCUCAAGGUCUGGGAAGGAGUGUGCUGGCUUCUCCUUCCCUUGCCCCCACCACACACCUUGGACAAAAUUGUUAGGAAAGACAUGGAAAAAACUGGAGCAUGGAUGGACCUUCGAUUCGAAGCUGAAACAGUCGGUUUCGAAAUGGGCGAUGACAUUCUUGAUGACUUGAUGGAAGAUGCAGUACUGAGCUGUGUAAGCAAAAGUGACGGAAGUGAAUGUUCUCAGCUUCAAUUUGAGUUUAAUGACAACAAGAGCAGCACCAAUAUGUAAAAGACAACUGACCAUUAGCAUGUUUGGAUCAGCUUUUAUUCAGAAUCAAUUGUGGCACCCGGAAGCUACUCAUAGAAUCUUCUCCUGAGAACUGAUUCUGACUUCAUACUCAGUUGUGAAAGGGUUUCCAAACAUGCACUACGUUUUGUUCAUAUCACCUGUUAAAUUCCUUUGUGAGAGGAUGAAGGGAAGUAAAGAAUACUGGGAAAGUUGUGAUAGACUUUUCUGUAAAGCAUGCUUGGUAGCAUUUCUCUUGGUCAUGCUUGACUUUACAAUAUUACAUAGUUUCAUGGUGAAUGAAGAUACUCAAAUAAGGGAACACAACACAAGUCACAAGAAGUAAAUAGGAAGCGCUGCAACUGCUUCUCUCUAAAGUACAAACCACAAGCAGUGCUUGUCUUGUUUACAGUGACAAAGUAACACUUUUAUUAUGUGUGUUCUUCACUUAAUCCUGUAAGGGCCAACGGUAUUUAGUUGUAGAUUUUGUAGAGUUUGAUAUGCUGAUUAUAUUAGCUGGUGUGAUAUGAUUUUGUUUGAUAUCAUCAUCAUCGUAACUUCUUUGUAUAAUAUUUUUUUGUUUCUGUCAAUCUAUUGUAUGUACAAGUUUGGAAAUAAUGAAGUGUGAUUUGAAGUUUCCAUUCA